AUGGCCAAGGCCACGACUCAUAGCUCUAAUAGAGAGCAAACGCGCAACACUAAUCAAACCGAAGCUCCCGCAAACGAAGAGCAGCAUGGUCUGUUAGCAGGAAACGUUUCUGAUGAAGAUGAGGACGAGUACGAAAAUGGGAAUGAGAACGAGAAUGGCAUUAUAGUGCAUUUGAAUAACGGUGACCUCGAUGCUCCUCCUAGUUCUAUUCGCACCCCGGGCACUCCAAGAACCCCUAAUCGAGUUCGGUUUGAUUUAAGACCUACCAAUAUUCCACCUCCUGCGAACGGUCAUGAUCAUCCAGCCGAACCCGUUGAUUACUUCGAUAUUGCAGAACCCGACAGCCCUAUCUAUGAUGAUUCAACACCAAGACACCCCCUAUUAACCGACAUCGAAGCUCCUUCUGUAGCCCUAGCCAACAGCCUCGACGAUGAUGUUCACGAGUGGGCCGAACGAGAACGAACGAGGCCCAAAUCUGGGAUGCGCUCUGCGUUUAUGAAUAUGGCGAAUAGUAUUAUAGGCGCCGGCAUUAUCGGACAGCCCUACGCUUUCAAGGACGCCGGUCUACUGGCAGGCAUCGUAUUGCUUAUCGGUCUAACCAUUAUUGUCGACUGGACUAUUCGCUUGAUCGUCAUCAAUAGUAAACUAAGCGGCGCGAACAGCUUUCAAGGAACAGUCGAGCACUGCUUUGGCAAGCCGGGACUGAUUGCCAUAAGCGUUGCGCAAUGGGCUUUCGCGUUCGGCGGCAUGAUUGCCUUUGGAAUUAUUGUUGGCGAUUCGAUACCGCAGGUUCUACGCACGAUAUGGCCAGGGUUGAGCAGCACCCCCGUGUUAUGGCUACUCGCAGACCGCAGAGCGGUUAUUUGUUUCUUUAUACUUGGAAUAAGUUACCCGUUGACGUUAUAUAGAGAUAUUGCAAAGCUCGCCAAAGCAAGCACAUUCGCUUUGAUCAGCAUGGGUAUCAUAUUAGUUACCGUCGUCGUUCAAAGCGUUCUUACACCCGCGGAAAACCGCGGCUCUUUUACCUUACCGCUACUCACAAUAAAUGAUGGCAUAUUUCAGGCCGUUGGCGUUAUUUCUUUUGCAUUUGUCUGUCAACAUAAUUCUCUCCUAAUUUACGGCUCCUUAAAGACACCAACAAUAGACCGCUUCGCAAAGGUGACUCACUACUCUACGGGCAUCUCCAUGCUGGCAUGUAUGACUAUGGCCCUCGCGGGCUUCCUUACCUUCGGAGAUAAGACUCUCGGAAACGUGCUGAAUAACUUCCCGGCCGAUAAUACGAUGGUGACGAUCGCGCGGCUUUGUUUCGGGUUGAACAUGCUCACGACAUUACCAUUAGAGGCAUUCGUCUGUCGGGAAGUCAUGAUGAACUAUUGGUUUCCUAACGAGCCCUUCAAUAUGAACCUGCACCUAAUCUUCAGCUCUGCAUUGGUCGUCUCGGCCAUGACGCUGAGUCUGCUGACGUGCGAUCUCGGGGUCGUAUUCGAGCUCGUUGGUGCGACGAGCGCCUGCGCGCUGGCGUAUAUCUUGCCGCCGUUGUGUUAUAUCAAGUUGAGUUCAAGGUCGUGGAAGACGUACGUCGCCAUGGGCAUCGUGGCGUUUGGGUGUUUGGUCAUGGUUAUUAGCAUGUUCCAAGCUAUUGGCAAAAUGAUCAAAGGCGGGGGCGAACCAUCCCAGUGCGUCUAG